AUGCAAGAGCAGCGAGCGUACUUGUUCCUGCCACUGAGUUACAGCAGUUCCACCAGCGAUGGCCACUGAGCGAUCCAUUAUGGAUUCACUGUUUGAUGUUGAUUUCCAUCUGGAAUAAACGGUGCCCAGCUGCUGGCGCGACCAUCGGCACUCACUCAAAACGUCGUCCUCCUUCGUGCUGAAAUCUAGCGUCCAAGCCAUUUUCUCCACGGCAACGAAGUUGAGGUAUGGCCCGCGCUAAUCACUCCCGGAGACUACGUUCGCCUUGAUUCCCCCCCUGACCGAUUGACUUUUACGUAUUGAGUACCCGUCCUACUCACUCCGGAUCCUCAUGCUCUCCGGCCCUCUUACAUGUCCUUCCUCGGUCUCACUCUCCUCUUCCUCGUAUCAUCUCGACACAGCGCGCGCUAAGUCGCUCAGCCCUGAGCGACUUUCGGUAGUUGCAUCGAGUGAGCUUGUCGUAGGGGAGUAGACUGGAAGUGACACAUCGAGCUCCCCGGCGAGGCAAUGUUGUGAGUUCUAUGCAGCCCUGGGCACGGAGGAUUUGAGUGCUAACUAGCCAGCGAGGUAAGCGACUCGAAACAUUCUCUAGUGAAAUUAUCGACAGACGAUUCGAGAAGCACCUCAGGCUCGAGCUCAGCGCAGCGCAGGCUCGUCGCUCGCCCUUCAUGCGAGCUUAGUGGGGAUCUAAUGCUACGGAUUCUUUUUUGUUCUUGACGGCAAGUCAUAGCUUAGCUCUGUAGGUUAGGGGGUGAAUCGGGACCGGGACCAGGACCAGGACUUGGUGCUGCUGCUGCUGGGGGGCGAGAGGCGGUGUGCACAAUGUUCAAUAGUAGUUAUAAGGCGCAGGGCUGGGGUCAUGACAAAGGCGGGAAUACAUGCGCAGUCGAGGACUGCGAUGGCAAGACCAUGCGCGACGAGCGAGGGGACGACGUGUUCCCCUGCGAUUGUAACUUCAAAAUUUGUCGUGAUUGCUACUACGAUGCUCUGAACGGCGCAGGCAGAUGCCCCGGCUGCAAGGAUGAGUACAGGCACGAGGAUCACGAGGCCGCGGAUGGUGGAUCGGGAGACGAGGACCGAGUGGGCAAUCUGCCGGAGCGGAGGCCCAAGUACGGGAAUGCGGACUCGGGGAAGAUGGAGAGGAGACUGUCACUUCUCAAUAAGCCCACCAUGCUCACGCAGCAGCAGCAGAAGAGCAACGAGCAAAACUUCGAUCACGCGCGGUGGUUGUACGAGACGAAGGGGACCUACGGCUAUGGAAACGCGCUGUGGCCGAAAGACGACUCGUACAUGGGAGGAGACGGCGGCGGCGGGGGCAGCAUGGGCGGACCGCCCCAGCCCAUAUUCCAGGAGAAGAAUCGCAAGCCCCUGACGCGCAAGCUCGCGAUUCCAGCCGGAGUCAUCAGUCCUUACCGAUUUCUCGCCCUGCUGCGGCUCGUGGUGCUGGGAUUCUUCCUGGCCUGGCGAAUUCAGAACCCCAACAAGGACGCGCUCUGGCUCUGGGGCAUGUCCGUGGUGUGCGAGAUCUGGUUCGCCUUCUCGUGGAUUCUCGACCAGCUGCCCAAGCUGUUCCCGGUCAACCGGUCGACCGAUCUCGCCGUGCUCAAGGAACGAUUCGAGUCGGUCUCCCCCGAGAACCCUCGAGGGCGAUCAGAUCUGCCGGGAAUGGACGUGUUCGUGUCCAGUGCCGAUCCCGAGAAGGAGCCCCCUCUCGUCACCGGAAACACCAUCUUCUCCAUCCUCGCGGCCGAGUACCCGGUGGAGAAACUGGCCUGCUACCUGUCAGAUGACGGUGGCGCUCUGCUGUCGUUCGAGGCGCUGGCCGAGACGGCCACAUUCGCGCGGGUCUGGGUUCCCUUCUGCCGGAAGCACGCCAUCGAGCCGCGCAAUCCCGACUCCUACUUCCUGCAGCGCGGCGACCCCACGAAGGGCAAGAAGCGGUUGGACUUCGUGAAGGACCGCCGGAGGGUGAAGCGCGAGUACGACGAGUUCAAGGUCCGGGUGAACGGGCUGAACGAGGCCAUCAGGCGGCGAUCGGACGCCUACAAUGCGCACGACGAGAUCCGCGCCAAGAGGGCGCAGAUGGAGUCGGGGGCCGAUCUGUCGCAGCCGCUGCAGGUCGUUAAGGCCACGUGGAUGUCCGACGGUACUCACUGGCCCGGGACGUGGUCCGUUUCGAGCAAGGAGCACGGGCGUGGCGACCACGCUGGCAUCAUCCAGGUCAUGCUGGCGCCCCCGGGCAACGACCCCAUCUACGGGAGCAACGACGAGGAGAACCUCAUCGACACCACGGACAUCGACAUCCGCCUGCCGAUGCUGGUGUACGUUUCCCGUGAGAAAAGGCCCGGCUACGACCACAACAAGAAGGCCGGGGCCAUGAACGCUCUGGUGCGCACCAGCGCCGUCAUGUCCAACGGACCCUUCAUCCUCAAUCUCGAUUGCGAUCAUUACAUCUACAACUCGCUGGCCAUGCGCGAGGCCAUUUGCUUCAUGAUGGACCGCGGCGGUGACAGAAUCUGCUACGUCCAGUUCCCACAGCGGUUCGAGGGCGUCGAUCCCAGCGAUCGGUACGCCAAUCGGAACACCGUGUUUUUCGACGUGAACAUGCGAGCCCUGGAUGGGCUGCAGGGCCCGGUCUACGUCGGAACUGGGUGCUGCUUCCGAAGGACGGCCCUCUACGGGAUCGACCCUCCUCGAGUUCCUAAGGACCAUACCAUCUGGAACGCGUGCUGCGGAGGGGACAAGAAGAAGAACAGAAAGCUGAAGAAAAAGAAGAACAGGCGCUCCGGCCUCGCCAAGGCCAAUCUGAACGCCGCCGCUGGGCUCGAGGAGGACGACGAGGACGCCGAGAUUCUGGAUUCUCGGGGCCUGCUUCCGAAGCAGUACGGCGCGUCCAUGGCGUUCGUCGAGUCCAUCGCCGCGGCGGAAUUCGCCGGUAAGCCUCUGGCCGACCAGGGUAUCACCAACGGAAGACCUCCCGGUUCUCUCACCGGACCCCGCGAGCCGCUGGACGCUGCCACGGUGGCCGAGGCCAUCAACGUCAUCUCGUGCUUCUACGAGGACAAGACCGAGUGGGGCGACCGUGUGGGGUGGAUUUACGGGUCCGUCACGGAGGAUGUGGUCACCGGGUUCAGGAUGCACAACCGUGGUUGGAAAUCCAUCUACUGCGUCACCAAGAGGGAUGCCUUCCGAGGAACUGCGCCCAUCAAUCUGACGGAUCGACUGCAUCAAGUGCUCCGUUGGGCCACGGGGUCCGUCGAGAUUUUCUUCUCGAAGAAUAACGCCAUUUUCGCCAACUCGCACAUGAAGAUUCUGCAGCGCGUGGCGUACCUGAACGUCGGCGUGUACCCCUUCACCUCGAUCUUCCUGAUCGUCUACUGCUUCCUGCCGGCGCUCUCGCUCUUCUCGGGGCAAUUCAUCGUGCAGACGCUGAACGUCACCUUCUUGGUGUACCUGUUCACCAUCUCCGUCUGCCUUUGCUCCCUGGCUAUCCUCGAGGUGAAGUGGUCCGGGAUCACGCUGGAAGAGUGGUGGAGGAACGAGCAGUUUUGGGUCAUCGGAGGGACGAGUGCUCAUCUUGCAGCUGUCAUCCAAGGUUUACUCAAAGUCAUCGCCGGUGUGGAGAUUUCGUUCACGCUGACCACCAAAUCCGGAGGAGAUGAGGUCGACGAUGAGUUCGCAGACCUCUACGUCGUGAAAUGGACCGCGCUCAUGAUCCCCCCCAUCACUAUCAUGCUCGUCAAUAUGAUCGCCAUCGCCGUGGCCAUUUCGCGUACAUUGUACAGCACGAUUCCGCAGUGGAGUAAGCUGGUGGGAGGUGUGUUCUUCAGCGUCUGGGUGCUGACCCACAUGUAUCCCUUCGCCAAGGGUCUGAUGGGCAGGAGAGGCCGCACUCCCACCAUCGUCUACGUCUGGUCCGGCCUGCUGGCUAUCGUCAUCUCCCUCCUGUGGGUCACUAUCAAUCCUCCUGCCAACUCCACCAUCGGGUCCGCAGGUGGAGGCUUCGAGUUCCCUUAAAUCUAGAGCUCGGGCCUGGCCUGGCAGGGCAUGGUAGGAAGAAUCUGAACCUCCGAAGCAUGUACUUACGGGCCUCAGUUGUUGGACUGCUACUAGAGAAGCCGCCGGAACGCGGAGUUCAGCUCGUGUUCCCGGCGGCGGAGAGCUCCAUACGGUGAGAAUGGUAAAAUCAGCGCACAUAGGAAAGCGAAGGACAUACAUGUGAAUCACAGUAGUAGACAGUAGUGUUUAUGAAUGCCACCAUCUGAGUCCUAUUGGGGCCGUUGGCGGGGGGCAGGAUUGAGCUGCGACGACAUCGAGGCAACCCUUCUGAUCGAUCCACCGGCUGAUUGGCAAAAAUCUCCCGGGAACGGAAGGAGUGUGCACUCUCGAAGGUGAUUGUCGCUGGGAAGCCUCGAUCGAAAGAGUCAAGGGACGAGAAUGUGUGGAUAUGUUUGAGCAUAAUGUGUCAGUUAACUCACAAGUGCAUGCAUGAACAUCACCUAUUUCUGUGGGAACAGAGUCCUAAUUCUUUGAAGAGUGUAUACGUAGAUUCCCAACAUAGACAAGAGAAAGCAGUUUUGCCUUUUCAUUGCUUUUUCACUUUGAAAUACGGCCACUCUCUAGCGACUCCUGUCACCAUUCGUGGCUUCAUCGAAAGAGGGUCGACAGGGGCCCACAUUGUGACGACUCUAUCUUAGCUAUCUACUCUUUACGGUAGUCUCCUCUUAAUGGUAAUUUCAGUCCUUAUCCAAAACUUCUAGUCACAUCAAAUAUUCAUCCAAUUUUCUGCCUAAGACACAGCUUAACACCCUUUAGAACACUAAAUUAGGUGGUCACUUCAACAUACUGUUAGAGCAGAUCAUUGAACUUAGAGCAGAUUAUAGUGUAUAAUAGUCGAUCAGGGUUCUAAGGAGGUCAUUUUAGAGCCAGAUAUGGACGUACUAUUCUUCCAAGAUUGUACAACUGGAGGAUUCUUCGGAAGUGCACCUCUUUACUUGGAGGUGAUCAUCCACACUCGUGCACAUUGUAUAGGUGUGGUCAAAACAAAGACGCCCCUAAAUUUGUUCGGACGUGUCUAUUGGACUGUAUCUUACUGUGCCAUCAUGACCAUGUAAGUCAUUUAACGUGGUGUCAUCAUAAGAUAUGGGCCAAAAUAGACCAACUGAGAAAAUAAUAUCUGAAACCUUUAUAUGUCGAUGGAUACAAAUCUGUAUAACACCUCUGUGUGUAAAUUAAUUUCAUCGAUUGGUGUAAGGCUGAUACUUGUUUCUGUCAUUUUAAGCAUAGUUAACGUAGUAAGGUUUAUGGAUUCACAAACUUGGAACAUGUCCAGAUCAUAUAAUUUCGUUGUUAUUAUUCUGGUCAGUUAUCCAAAUAAACUUAGCUAGUGUAAAACCGCACCGGCCACAAGUACAAAAUAGAGCACAAAUGGUCCCUACACAGAAGUGUACCCUAGACAGAAGUACAACAGUGUACCCUAGACAGAAGCUCAACAGUGUACCCUAUACAGAAGUUGAC